CAUUCACUUCAAGCAAAGGGGAGGCCGAAAACCCUACUCCACCCCUUUCGCCCAGUCUUUGUGUUUUUAUGUCUAAUUACUUCUUCCACUAACGAUAACCUGCUUCAGGAGAUUACAGAGAUGAGCAUAACCUUUUAAUGAUAAGAAAUAGAAAGGCUACAGAGAGGGCAAGUGCGUGCGAGCUGACCAAUCAGAUCUCGGGAUAGGGGUUGCCGCAGCAACCGCGAAACGCUAGUAAACACGGACCUAAGACGUACGGUGAUUGGUUGGAGACUGUGACGGUGGGGUGGGGCUAGUGCAGUUUCUAUAGUAACGUGCUGUGCUGCUCUGUGGUGCUGAGGCUUCUGCGAAAGAUAACUGCAGCCUCCCUGUGUGCCAUUUAGGAAUCAUGGCUUUUGCAGCCCCUAAGCACAUGGAGGGCCCGAAAUUACAAACCAAAAUGAGUACCUGGACCCCAUUAAACCACCAGCUCAUGAAUGACAAGGUGUUUGAAGAAAGAUGUUCCCUGCUCGGCAAAUGGUUUGACAAGUGGUCAGAUGCCCAGAGGAGAAGGAUACUCAGCGACCUGUUGGAGAGAUGUUCCCUAUCCCAGCUAAAGUUCUGUAACAUUCAUUUGCAAGGAAAAGUGCCAAGGGAGUCUCUGGAUUUCACUUCCAUCCUUCCCAGAGUCCUGUCCCUGUACUUAUUCUCUUUCCUGGAUCCACGGAGCCUCUGUCGAUGUGCUCAGGUGAGUUGGCACUGGAAGAGCCUCACGGAACUAGAUCAGUUAUGGAUGCCUAAGUGCCUGCGCUUCGGCUGGUACAUCAACUUCUCACCCACUCCUUUUGAGCAGUGUAUCUGGAAGAGACAGUACAUAGAGAUGGUGAAGGAGCUGCAUAUCACACGCCCAAAGACUCCACCAAAGGAUGAGUUUGUGAUUAUUGAUGUUCAACCAAUUGCCAAAGAAGCAGCAGAUCCCAAGCUUUCCACCUCAUUCACUCACUAUUACAAGUCCAGCAAAUCACAGGACAAAGGCAAGAAGGACCUCCCACCGUGGCGUUCCUCUGACAAGCACCCAACGGACACUGUACGAUUCAACUACUUGGACAAUUAUGACCCAGUGGAGCAAGCACGCCUAGCACGGAAGGUGAAUGUCAGCCAGCAGAACACAGAGAGAAAGAAGAGGCCGACGUCAGCUUCAUACAAACUGCGCAAAGCAAAUUCACUGUCUGACAGUUUGCCGGGGAAGAGACACACUAAUGUGCAGAUUUCCCUUUCUGCAGAGAUUUGCAAUAGCCCAAAGUCAUCAUCCAGGCCGAGCUGGGCGGCUCAUCAGUUGGCAGAGUACCCCGUGAAUAAGGGCACAGCCAAGUCCCUGGCACAGAGCACAGAGUGGAACGCAGGGAUACGCCCCUCACCUGUCCGCCCACCAGUGCCCAGAAUGUGGGAACGUGGAAGGAAGACUUUAACCCACAGGUCACAGAGUUCCCCAACAGUGCCGCCAUUUGAGAGCCAACCAUGGCAGGUGCCAUCGUCCAAUCACGGAUCAGAUGAGGAGUAGAGUUGUGUUUACAACACCGAUGGCAGAAAGCUCAGAGGAUUAAUACGCCCCAAAUCCAUUUUCCUACUGUGUUCUGACUUCUUCAUGCCCAUCACCCCUCUGGAUUUCUUCCCCCCCCAGUACAUGGUUUGUUCCACCCUGGAUGUUCACAUGAUGUCACUGUGCCUUAAGGUGAGACCAUGGGAGAGACCAUCAGGCAGAGACACAAUAGGGGCCACAAUGCUGCUCUGUGUGUUCUGAUCCAAUCUGCUUUCCCAUAAUGCACCAGGAAUCACUGCUGUGCAUAUUCUCUCCUUAUAUAAAGAUUUGCUUUUAUUAUUGAACUCCAUCUGCAUAACUGGCAGGAACAGCUGGCCUCCCCAGGUAAAAUUGGUUUGGUUGGGGCAAGACGGGACUCCCCUAGCUUUGGUGAGGGGAGUCCAAACGACCCCAAACCCCUUCGGGGGCGGGGAUGGUGGGCCCUCCCUAGCUUCGGCGAAGGGGGACCCAUUCGUUCAAGCUGUUCACGGGCGGUAGCCUGGGACACUUGGGCAACGGAGCCCAUGCCUUCGGGUAGGACUCGGAAGGAUGAUUCAAUAUCAUCAUGGUAGAGCCCUGCCUGGUACUUGUGAGACAUAUUUCCUUAUUAAUACCUCUCCUUUCAUUCAGUAGGGCUGUCUGUCCCAAGCACAUUAUUCCCAGGGAUGGUUUAUUUCAAUUACAAAUAGAAAUGGUCGACCCGCCAGAGCCAAUAGAAAUGCACUGGGUCCUUUUACUGGUCCUUUAACCUGAGAUCAACACUUUAUAUGACACCAGGAAUGAGCCAAAAUCAGCCGGCUGCAAAUCAGUUAUUGUUUUCCUGGAAUUAAUCCAUUAACAGUGAUUCCAGCCCAGGGUGAGAGUCUCUUGGGCAAAGGUCAGGGGGUUUUAGCUUAGAUCCACUGGAAUUUGAUUUCUGUGCCCAAAUGAAGGGUGUGGGUGCAGAUGGGACACAAAGUGCUGUAUUGAAGUGACGGCACCAGAACAAAUAUCCUUGUGUUUGGGUCACAUGGGGGACAGUUAUUAUUAUUAACAUGUAUUUAUAUAGCUUUAGUGCAACUAGAUUUUCAGGCCAGUCCAAUCAGUAUCUGUAGGUUCUGACAGGUUACUAAGGUGAUUGUUUUGGCACCAGACAUGGGCCGACCACCUGUUGAGGCUGAAUCAGUAGCCGGUACCUGACUGUGUAUCCGGAAGAACUACAGGACAAGUCACACCAUCUGGCUGAGCAUGCUGAGAGAUUUGAGUUUGCCAACAUGUAGUGGAAUUGUGCUUGUUCCAUAAAAUUGGGCAGAAUUUGUCUCUCAGGGCCACAGUUUGGCAUUCAGUCUAUAGCAGUGUGUGCUGAUAUGUUUAUAUAUCAUGAGAUUUCUUUUAUUUGCUUCUUUUCUAAUAAAAAUAUUUAUAUUGUGA